AUGUCAGCGUCUGCUCGAGUUCUUCCAAGAGCAUCAGCCUUGCGCGCCGCGAGCUCAAGGCUGACCUCGGGUCUUGUCCGCCGACCCUUCCACUCAUACGAUCAUCCACCACCCCCGGGAGCGUUUGGCGAUGCGGAAAAGACCAUCCUCGCUGCUGCCUACAAGCAUGUGCCUGAACAUGGAUUCUCACAGAAGGCUCUCGGUUGCGGUGCGAGGGAUGCGGGUUACCUUGAUAUAAGUGCGAGCGUCAUUUCCGACGGUGCCUUUGGCCUAAUCCGAUACCACCUUGUUACCCAGCGCGAGGCUCUGGCUGCUCGAAGUCAACAAUUAUUCACCGAUACCGAUAAGCCUGGAGUUUCGUCCAGGGUGGAAGCACUGGUAUGGGAACGACUUAUGGGUAACAAGGUGGCUCUUGGCCGCUGGCAAGAGGCAUUGGCCGUCAUGGCCCAGCCCAGCUAUGUUCCCGAAUCUUUAAAAGAGCUCGCCAAGCUCUCUGACGAGAUCUGGUACCUUGCUGGCGACAAGGCCGUCGAUCCCUCCUGGUACACCAAACGCGCCACCCUCUCCAUGAUUUACAGUACGAGCGAGCUCUUUAUGACUAAUGACCGAUCGCCCGAUUUUGUUGAGACGAGGCAGUUCCUUCAGCGAAGACUAGGCGAAGUUAAGACAGUUGGUGGUAUGGUGGGAGCGUUUGGUCAAUGGGCUGGUUACACCCUUAACGCCGGCGUAAAUAUACUUAGAAGCAAGGGUGUCAGGGUUUGA